AUGGUGGGCAUCGCGAGGGUGCUCCGGCACCGGCUGCCCAUACAGGACCGGUUCGUGAGGGUGAAGCUCGUGAAGAACUGCUUCUCCGGCGCCGACAUGGUCGACGGCAUCGUGAACCACUUGGAGUGCAGCAGGAACAAGGCUGUGGAGAUCGGCAAAGAACUCGCGAGGAAGCACUUCAUCCACCACGUCUUCAGGGAGAACGACUUCGAGGAUGGCGCCCAGAGCCUGUACCGCUUCCUGGAGCACGACCCGGCCGUCCCCAGGUACUACAACUUCAGGGGCUCCACCAACGACGGCGAGCCCAAGCCCGCCGCCGCCGUCGGCCAGAGGAUGGCCAAGAUCAUGUACGUCGUCGGCGGGUACCCCUACUCCCUCACGACCAUCAAGAACGGCAUCCUCCGCGGCAACCGCAGGCAGCCCUACACCAUCGUCAAGCCGUUCGGCGCCUCCGAUAAGAGGCUCGAGCUGGCGGAGACGAAGGUGAACCCGCUGGUGCACUUCGCGCUGUGCAACGCGACGCGGUCGAGCCCCACCGUGCGGUUCUACUCCACGCAGGGCGUGGAGCCGGAGCUCCGGCACGCGGCCAGGGAGUUCCUCCUCGACGGCGGCGUGGAGAUCGACCUCGAGACCCGGACCGUCCACCUCACCAGGAUCAUCAAAUGGUACAGCGCCGAUUUCGGGCAGGACAGGGACAUCCUCAGGUGGAUCUUCAACUACCUGGACCCGACCAAAGCCGGGCUCCUGACGCAUCUCCUGAACGACGGCGGACCCAUCAGCAUCGCCUACCAGGACUACGACUGGUCCUUGAACGCCUGA